AGAGUAAGCCGCCAACAAAUGAUUUCAUAUUGUAAUAGAGAACGUUAGGAAACAUUUAGUGCAUCAUCAUUGUUUAAACCGGCUGACGAUUAUUCCCGACAUGAGGCGACUCAUUCUUCUCGCCUUUAUCGGCACGUUUCUAACGAGAUUUGCGAUAUCAAAAGUCCAUGGAUUACCCCCGAAUUUGGAUUGGUUAUUCAGUUCAAAUAAAUUAACCGACAAUGAGGCAGGAGGGCGAACCGUAUGCGAGUCCGAGGAAUGCAAGAAAAUGGCUGAACUGAUACUAGGAAGCAUGAAUAGAUCCGUAGACCCAUGUGACGACUUUUACGAGUACGCGUGUGGAAACUUCCCGGAACAACAUCCCAUUCCAAACGGAUAUGCAAUAUGGAAUAUGAUGUACGGGCUUCGAAAUCAGACUUUAAUGCAAGUACAAGAGAUUGUGGAGGCUAAACCUGCGGAGGACGAUCUCAACACGGUGAAGCUUGCGAAAAAGUGGUACAGAGCUUGCACGGAUACUGAUGCGAUGGAAAAGCAAGGACUUGACCCACUGGUUUCUACCCUAACGCGUUUAGGCGGCUGGCCGAUGAUAAUGGAGCCGGAUAAAUGGGACGAGCAGGAGCACAGCUGGCAAAAAGUGGACGAUCAUUAUAUGCGCUUGACGGGAAGAAAUGCCUUUCAUGACGUGCGCAUACAGGAAGAUAAUUCGAAUGUUGUAGAGAUUGACACGCCGCAUUUACCGCCGGGUUCAAAGGCACUGCGAGCUUUGUUUGACACCGACAGCGAAGAAGAGAGUGAUGAAGAGGACGAAGAAGAAAAGGGAGAUAGCAAAAGCGAUGAAGACCCGAGCGACGAGGAGGAGCAAAGCAAAGAGGAACCUGGAAGCGAUGGCGACGAUGAUGACGGCAGUGGCGACAACGAUAUCGCUAAUGACGAUGAUGACGACUAUGACGAUGACGACUAUGACGACUAUGACGAAGACGACGACGAUGAUACGAACAAGAUUGAAGGUGCGAAGAAAGUAAUGGGCAAGAAGAAAGUCGGCAAGAUCGAUCGUGGAAGAAAUAAAAAAUUAAGGCAUAUUGGACAAAGAAAGAGGCGUACCCAGAUUACUAAGAAACACGAUAGCCACAAGGCGAAAGAACAAAGAAUAAAAAGAAACGCAGCAGCAGAAGUUGACGGUAAACGCGCGCGACGGUUUAAUCAUCGCGAGAAGUUACACACGCGGAAAGGCAGAAGAAGUCGCGUAGGAAAAGUGCAUGGAAAAAGAAUGAAGAAAAUUUUGGACGACAGGAAAAAGGUACGCAAAACGGCGAAACUUCAAGAUAGUGUGGUAGGAACGAAUGGAGAUAAUGAAGAAGAGAAAGCACUGCUACGAAUGUACGCUAAUUACAUUGCAAAAGUGGCUCGUGUCCUAGCUAAAGAAGCAGGUACUGAAAUUUCAGAAGAUCUUCUCGAAAAAGAUAUUCAAGAUAUGAUUGCGUUCCAACUGAAAAUAAUUCAGAUUAUCCCAGAUACGGAAUCGACACUGUUACAUAAACUUUUCAAUGUGGUAUUUAAUUUGGAAAAAUUUACACUGGGAGAUUUUCACAACUGGUAUAACGAAAUGAACCAUAAAACAGCUAAAAGCAAGAUUGACUGGGUGAACAAAAUAAAGGCAUUGUUCGACGAAGCGAACGAGCCCGUGAAUAACGAUUUAAAUGUCAUUGUCUCAUCAAGUUACUUUGAAGAACUUCUUUCCUUGUUGGACGAGACAUCGAAUCGAACAAUCGUGAAUUAUAUACACUGGAAUUUCAUAAGCAAAGUAAUAAAGACGACAACGAGUGAAAUGAGAACAUUGUACAAUUCGUGGGGCGGGACUAGCGAUAGCGGAAGUUCGAGUGAGAGAUCUCUUAUGUGUAUGGAGUCAGCAGAGAUAAAGGAUAUUCUAGCAUACGAAUUUGUAAGGAAAUACUUCACCAAGGAUAUCAUGAACUCAGCAUCGAGUAUGCUGACCAAUAUACAAAACGAAGUCGAAAUCUUAAUUAAAAGCUCAGGUUGGUUGGAUGACAACGGUAAGGAUUAUGCUUUAGCCAAAGUGAAGAAUUUGGGAAGAUUUCUUGGAUACCCAGAUUGGUAUAAAAAUACCACGAUCAUUGAAGAGUAUUAUAAAGGGCUCAUUAUCGGUUCGUCGUAUUAUGAAAAUGCACUUCGAUACACCAGAUACACUAAAUCGAAGAGCCUACGGAAGUUGGGGAAAAAUGAUACUGAAGACAAAGACCAAAAACAGUUAGAUCCGAUUGAGGUGAAUGCCUUUUACAUGCCCUGGAGGAAUGCUUUAGCUAUCACGGCAGCGGAUUUCCAGAGCCCAUGGUUCUCUCACGAUCGGCCACGAGCCGUUAAUUUUGGUAUCAUUGGAUUCGUCAUGGCACACGAGGUUAAUCACGGAUUUGAUGAUAGAGGGAGCUUGUACGAUAAGAACGGGGAAUUCACCUGGACGACAUUGUUAUUAAUGUUAGCCACCACAUACGAGGAGAAGCAAAAUUGUUUUGUGAACCAGUUUAAUAAUUAUACCAUUGAUAAAAAAACAAAGAUAGAGGAUUAUGGCGAGCAGACGAUAAGCGACAAUAUCGCGGACACAAUGGGACUGCAAGCGAUUUAUAAAGCUUAUCAACGCAAGGAGAAAGAGAGUGAAACACCGGACGCCACGAUGCCGGGCAUGGAAGAUUUUACAAACGAUCAACUGUUCUUUUUAUCUUUUGCCAACUUAUGGUGCGAAUCAGUCAAACCAGAUUAUCUAAUGACUCUGGCUAGAAGAGAUGAACAUAGCGUCGGGCGACUGAGAAUUAUAGGCUCCAUAUCAAAUUCUGAUGACUUUGCCAGAGCUUACAGUUGCCCGGUUGGCAGUCCGAUGAAUCCCGAAAAGAAGUGCAACAUCUGGACGUGAUUCGAAAGAAUCGUGCAAAGGAUUUUUCAUAGGAGUAGCUCCGAGAAAUUAUUUAUGUACCGAUGAAUAAAAUAAUACGCAUGCCUAUAAA